UAGAAGGCUGUGAUUUGAGAUGACGUGAUUGUGUUGGUUAUGUUGAUUUUGGCGGGCGUAAGUUUGUCGCUUAAUAAUUAUGUUUUAAGACAAUGCUUGGUCCUAUCAGUAAGUAUUUGAUUGUAAACUACUAUAUACGCACUUUUUAAAAGAAUAAAACAAGAGAAUUCGAUGAAUAUCACUUCCGUUUUGUAACAGGAACAGGAAGUUACCUUUCAAUAUGGCGAUAAUGAAAACAUCCUGUUUUUAAAUAAUGACUUUUAUGCAAAGAACUUUGAGUAACUCAACUAUGUAUGGAGCAUUCUGCAGUUUAUUAUUUAUGGGACGAGUUGAAAUCACUUAAAAUACUUAAACGUUAAAUUUGUUAAUCUGGCGUAAUGGAGAACGUGGAACACAUUGUAUAUGCAGAAGUCGAACCCGGCGAACUAGUUCCUAUGGACAUGAGCGGGAGCCCAGGACAGUCGCCGGACUCGAUGGAGGUGUCUCUGGUGGAGCUGGGCAAGCAGCUGUUGCUUUGUGCCAGGGAUGGGGAUACCGUGGAGGUGCACGCCCUCAUGGGCCGAGGGGCCCCUUUCACCACCGACUGGCUGGGGACCAGCCCGCUGCACCUGGCCGCGCAGAACGGCCACGAGGACACGGUGGAGGUGCUGCUGCGGGCGGGGAUAUCCCGCGACGCCCGCACCAAGGUGGACCGCACGCCCCUGCACAUGGCCGCCUACGAGGGCCACGCGUCCAUCGUGGAGCUGCUGCUGGGUCGCGGGGCCAACCCCAACGCCAAGGACAUGCUGCGGAUGACGCCCCUGCACUGGGCGGUGGACAAGGGCCACGUGAGGACCGUGGAGGUGUUGCUGAGGCACGGUGCCGACAUCCGGGCGGUCAGCAAGUUCGACAAGACACCCCUGACCAUGGCCGUCGAGAACAACCGGCCUGACAUCCUCCAGCUCCUUCAGACGGUGCAGUGCUUGAAGCCGGCGGGGACCGGGGAGGAUCUGGCCUUGACGCUGGCCGCUGCUGCGAGUAGCAUGGCCGGCGACGCGGAGACGGACACCUCUUGCUCCCCGCUGCAGGGCGAGGCUGCCUCCGCCAGCGGCUCAGUGAACAGGUUAUCUGUAGAGCCACUCUCAUUCCCAACAAAACAAAUUUUUAUGAAGUCGAAAUUCAAACCAAGAUUAAUGGGAUCUUUAGGACCACUGCGAAAAGUGGAAACAGUCCAGGACACCAACACGACACUGCAGCUGCUCAAGGCCCAUGGCAUUGCGAUGUUGCCAACAGACGACUCCACACUGGUAGCCUCUGCAGUAGAGAAUGGGAAGACCAUAGUAUUAACAGAGGCGGGGAAGCUUGCGCUGAACCUGACGCAAGAAACCAUCCAGAACCUGGUGCAGAAGGCAGUCCCAGCCUCCGGCACGAAAGCGACGGCCAUCCCUGUGAACAAGCGCAAGGUGAUAACGAUAAGGACCAGCCAGUUGUUCCCGCCGGACGGCCAGCGAGGGCCCAACAUACUGAAGAGGGUGGAGUUGAGCAGGCAGGGGGCAGACGCGUUGGCGCCCCCGACCAAGCUCUUCGUGACUGCAGCCAACAGGAACAAUAUGCAAGUACCUGUAACGCUGGCUUCUCACGCUGACCUGGCCACGAUAACGAAACAGCUGGAGGAAGCGCGGAGGCAAGCGGAAGAGUACAAAGAACUGUUGUUGAAGAAGGAGCGGGAAGCAGAGGAAUACAAGAAGAAACUCCAGUCAAUCACAAACACGAAUCGCUGAUCGACCACACGCUCCAAACUGUUGUGAAACAACAGAUAUAAAUGUGGAUAUACUAAUUUACAGCUUCACAGUCAUAGUUUGGUAUGCUGUUUGUGAUUGGGUGUUUCAGUGCUGUUUCGAUAUUUCAGUUUGUUUCCAUGAAGCAUUGUAAAAACAGUUGUGUUACAUUGAAUUUUAAUACAGUUUACUAAUUACAAA